AUGCUGUGCGCAAUUUCGGGAGAGGCACCUCAAGUGCCAGUCGUCUCGCCCAAGAGCGGCAGCGUCUUCGAGAAACGUCUCAUCGAGGCCUACAUCGCUGAGAAUGGAAAAGACCCUGUGAAUGGGGAGGAGCUCUCCACAGGCGACCUCAUCGAAGUUAAAUCGCAGCGCGUUGUUAAACCCCGACCUCCUACGCUUACCUCCAUCCCUUCUCUGCUCAACGUGUUCCAAGAGGAAUGGGAUGCCCUGGCCUUGGAGGCAUAUACACUGCAACAGACUCUGGCGCAAACCAGACAGGAACUCAGUACAGCGCUUUAUCAGCAUGAUGCGGCUGUGCGGGUUAUUGCUCGAUUGACGAAGGAAAGGGAUGAGGCCCGCGAUGCGCUGUCAAAAGUUACCAUCGGAGCUAGCCGCACCGGCGCUGCCGCUGCUGAGGCCAUGCAAGUUGACUCAACUGGACUGCCCGAGGCAGUUUUGGCUCGGAUUGAGAGCACACAGGCAACUCUCUCGAAGACCCGCCGUAAGCGUCCUAUCCCUGAAGGGUGGGCUACUAGCGAAGCCAUUUCCGCCUAUCAGCCCUCCGCGAGCUCCGAACCUCUUUGCCCUGGUGGCAGAGCACUGUCUGUCAAUGCAACAGGAGACCUGGCGCUUGUCGGGGGAGCCGACGGAGCCGUUGGUAUCUACUCAUUAUCUCAGAAGCAGGUCCUCCAAACCUUGCAUGCGAAUGGCCCGGUUACCGACGCUGUGUGGGCGGGCGAAAAGGCUGUCGUUGCCUCCUCCACUGGUGCCGUGAAGGUGUUUGAGAACGGCAGUGAAGUCGCUAGUUUCAACUCCCAUGCCGGGGCGGCAACGGCCCUCGCUGUGCAUGCGACCGGCGACAUUGUUGCCUCUGUUGGUGCUGAUAAGAGCUAUGUCUUGUACGACUUGUCAACGACCUCAGUGGUCACUCAGAUCUUCAGUGAUGCAUCUCUACUGUCCGUGCAUUUUCAUCCUGAUGGCCACCUCAUUGCUGCCGGAGGUGUCGAUGGGCAAAUCAAGAUCUUUGACGUCAAAACGGGUGUGGCGGCCGCCAAUUUCGCUAUGUCUAGCGCCGUGAAGUGCCUCUUCUUCUCCGAAAAUGGCACUUUCUUGGCUGCUGUGGCGGACAAAUCUACUGCUGUGUCCGUUUGGGAUCUACGUAGCUCUCAGGAAGUCAAGGUCCUGGAUACUGGCAACCAGAUCGAUUCUCUCAACUGGGACUACACCGGCCAAUUUUUGCUGACCGGUGGGCCUAGCGGGCUGACCGUCCAGCAGUAUUCGAAGGCAGCCAAGGACUGGUCGGAGCCCUUGCGGAGUGCUGUUCCGGCAGUUGCGGUGGGAUGGGGCGUCACCGCCCAAAGGAUUGUGGCGUUGAAUAGUGAAGGUGCGAUCACGGUGCUCGGUGGGCAGUAA